UACCGGAAGUGAAACUUCUUCACUGUAGUGACGCUCGCAUCGUUCGUCUUGUUUAUCUUCUUCGAGAUGAAUGCUAGUCGAUUUGACCUGUAUUUAUUGAAUUUUCAUUAAAUAACUAUAAUUAGAGCUAUACUAAUAAGCUAUUAAGGUGUUUGUGACGCACAGCAGGCGUUAAUACGAGCGUUUUCGGGUUUGUCGUGGUGUUUUGGCCUGAGCUGAGACACUCUCGUAUAUUCACAUUUCACACAUUUAUUCAUUUAUUUCUCAGGAGUUUAGUGUGUUUAUUUAUAUUUGUGUAGUAAAUCAUGGCUGUUGUCAACGAAGGAGCUCUUAAAAAGAUGCUGAAGCAAUACAAAUACAGAGAUCUCACUGUCCGAGAGAUAACAAAUGUCAUCUCUCAGUACAAAGACCUCAAACCUGUUAUGGAUGCAUAUGUGUUUAAUGAUGGAUCAUCCAGAGACUUGAUGAGCCUCACGGGAACUGUUCCAGUUAGUUAUAGAGGGAAUGUGUAUAAUAUCCCCGUGUGCUUGUGGCUGCUGGAUACGUAUCCCUUCAAUCCUCCCAUAUGUUUUGUGAAGCCCACCAGUGCCAUGAUGAUCAAGACCGGCAAACACAUCGACGCCAACGGCAAGAUCUACCUGCCGUACCUGCACGAGUGGAAACAUCCUCAGUCAGAUCUGUACGGGCUCAUCCAGGUCAUGAUUGUGGUGUUUGGUGAGGAACCGCCCGUUUUCUCCAGACCCACCACACAACCUCCUUACCAGGCUUUCCAAGCAGCCGGACCCCCGAACCAGUCCUAUAUGCCAGGAAUGCCAGCAGUAUCUCCCUACGGGCCCAACCCAAACCCAUGUGGUUACCCAGGUUACCCUUACCCAGGUGGCAAUGCCUAUCCUGCCACAGGCGGUCCAGCACAUUACACUUCCCAGACUCCCGUCACGACUGUGGGUCCAAGUCGUGAUGGUACCAUCGGCGAAGACACCAUCCGAGCGUCGCUGAUCUCAGCCGUGAGCGAUAAACUGCGCUGGAGGAUGAAGGAGGAGAUGGACAGAGCGCAAGCCGAGCUGGACGCCCUGAAGCGGACAGAGGAAGACCUGAAGAAAGGACACCAGAAGCUGGAAGACAUGGUGUCCCGCCUGGACCAAGAAGUGGCUGAGGUGGACAGAAACAUCGAGCUCCUCAAGAAGAAGGACGAGGAACUGAGCGAAGCUCUGGAGAAGAUGGAGAACCAGUCGGAAAACAACGACAUUGACGACGUGAUCAUCCCAACAGCGCCGCUCUACAAACAGAUCCUGAACCUGUACGCGGAGGAGAACGCCAUUGAGGACACCAUCUUUUACCUGGGAGAAGCCCUGCGUAGAGGAGUCAUCGACCUGGAGGUCUUCCUCAAGCAUGUGCGUCUGCUGUCCCGAAAACAGUUCCAGCUGCGAGCGCUCAUGCAGAAAGCGCGAAAGACGGCCGGACUCAGUGACCUUUACUGACCUCGUGCUUCUGAUCACAUGACCCAGACUCUGUGGUAUGUCAGUGGGAGUUCAGCUGUUUAUGAUAUUUACUUCUGUGAGAAUUUUAGCUACUGUACCUGACUUUAUUUUCUGGAUUUGGAAAAGGCAACGUGCGAAUCGGGUACGAUAUUUGAACGCUAAAGCUAGAGCUGAGCAUUAGAAGUAAAUGAGACGUCAUAGACUUUACGUUCCUUCUUUCAAUUGAGCUUUUGGGUCUUUGGCUUUAGAUACUACUGUUAUUAACCGUACAGAGUGAUACAUUUUUAAAAUGUGACAUCUGCAGGAAGUAUGUGAGGAAAGUGCUCUCAAAUGUGGAUAGCAAAUCCUGUUUUCAUUCAGGCACUGUUACAAAGUGUUGUCAUACUCCAUAACUGUGUGAAUCUCACAGGAAAAUUCACCUUGAAAAUAAAUAAAAUAUAUAUUUUAUGCAUAAAAAUUGGGACUGUUAAGAUUUUACAUUGUGUAAAAUAUUAAGUAUAUUUAAGUAAAAAUGUGGAAAAAACUUAAUUAAAUUUACUCCUAAAAUUUCAAUUGUCAAUACUGUAAUAGAGUACUAAAAAUAAUUUUUACAACUUUAUUAUUUUUCUUUACAAUGAGAAUUUAAGGAAAAUGUACUUAAUAUCACAAUGUGAAAAAUCUUUACGCAAGUUAGGACUAUUAAGAUUUUUUACAUUAUGUAAAAUAUUAAGUAUAUUUAAGUAAAAAUUUUGAAAAAAAAAAUAAGUAAAUUUAGUUUUAAUACAGUACUAAUUUUUUUUAAGAAUUUUCUUUACAAUGAGAAUUUGAGGGAACAUGUACUUAAUAUCACAAUGCAAAAAUCUUUAUGCAAGUUUUCUUUAUGCAAAAUAUUACAUAUGAACCCUUUCUCUUAUUUUGGUGUGAAAUAUGACAUUUCGUGACCGUUUCUGUGAGAUUCAUUAAAAAAAAAAAUGUAAGUUGCAUUAAAAAAUCAGGAGUAUUAAGAUUUUUUACGUUGUAUAAAAAGUACUUUUAAGUAAAAAUUUAGUAAAAAACAAUAAAAAAUAAAUACAUUUAAGUACUUAAGUACUUUUAUCCUCUCAAAUUUCUCAUUAACAAUAAAAAGUACUGUAAUACAGUAAUAAAAUAUAUAUAUAUUUUUAGUUAAAACCAGCAUGAAUUAAAUUUAGUAAACAAAUCAUAAAUUUUAUGCAUUUAUUUUAAAUGUUUUUUUCUUUACAAUGAGAAUUUUAUCUCUUAAUUUACCCCUUACACCUAAUAUCACAAUGCAAAAAGAUCUUUAUGCAAGUUUUCUUUAUGCAAAAUAUUACUUAUUUUUCCUUUUUCCUCAUUUUGGUGUGAAAUUACAUUUUAAAAAAAAGAUUUAUUAAAAAUUAGGACUUUUAAGAUUUUUUUACACUGUGUAAAAUCCUAAGCACUUUUAAGUAAAAAAUUUGGUAAAACAUGAAAUACAUUUAAAAAAAUUUUCCCCUUUAAAUUUUUCAUUGACAUAAUCAAAAAAGUACUGUAAUACAGUAAUAAAAAUAAUCCUAUCCAAACAUCUUGGAUUUUUUUUUUUCAAUUAAAACCAGCAUAAAUUAAAUUCAGUAAACAAAUCAGAUAUUUAAAAUGUAUUUUGUAAUUUAAAUAGUUUUUUUUUUCUUUACAAUGAUAAUUUGAGGGAAAAUAUGCUUUAAUGUCACAAUGUAAAACAUUUUUAUGCAAGUUUUCUUUGUGCAAAAUAUUACUUAUUAUUCCUCUCUUGAUUUUGGGGUGAAAUAUGACAUUUCUUGACCGUUUCUGUGAGAUUCAUUAAAAAAAGAUGUAAGAUGCAUAAAAAAAUUAGUACUAUUAAGAUCUUUUAUAUUGUGUAAAAUAUUAAGUACUUUUAAGUAAAAAAUUGGUAAAAAAUGUAAUUCAUUUAAGUACCUUUAUCCCUUCACUUUUCUCAUUACCAUAAUCAAAAUAGUACUGUAAUACAGUAAUAAAAAUAAUCCUAUCCAAAUAUUUUGGAAAACAAGCAUGAAUUAAAUUCAGUAAAACAAAUCAGAUAUUUGAAAUGUAUUUUAUAAUGAGAAUUUGAGGGAAAAUGCUUAAUAUCACAAUGCAAAAAAAAUCUUAAUGCAAGUUUUCUUUAUGCAGAAUAUUAUUUAUCAUUCCUUCGAUUUUGAAAUAUGUGAAAUAUAACAUUUCUUGACAUUUUCUGUGAGAUUCACCCAAGUAAUGGAAAACUGUGACCACUUAUGGUUCCUUAUUUCAAUUUUAUUACAUUUAUUUUGCUGAAUUUAUUAUUUAUCUCAUUGCAGUUGGGAACUAUUAGCUGUUCCAGAGUUAUUGUAAUGUUGUUACAACUGUAUAUCAUUUCGCGGUACACAAAGUUUGGUUUGUGACUAAUAAUGCUGAAAACUAUAAACUGUUGUACUGUACUUUACAUUUUUUGACUUUUUAUUCUUUAAAAUAUUUGAGAAAAUUAACAAUUCUUACCUGUUGCAUUUCAGUUGUUUUAAUGCACUUUUGGGAUGUGAAUUAGAUUUUCUUAGUAAAGCUUUACUCCCUUAUCUGCUUAUAUUUGUUCUUAUUUGUACUGUCGGCAGAUCAAUAAAAGAACAUGUUCCUGAA